UGAAUGGGAUAUUAUAAAAAAUUAAAUUCACUUUUGAGUUAUGUAAUAGUUAGGUAUGUCUUGAAAGUAAUUUACGUCACUAGAUACACGUGAUCGUUUACAAGUGAAUAAUUAGUUGAGAAAGAAGAAAGUAACCCCAUUCACUGACAGAAUGGCAUUGAGAAUCGUAGUUCUAGUGUUACUUCUACAGUUUGUUUCUUGUCAAAGACCUUACACUGUUGUUAAUGGAAAACCAUCGUUUUGUAAAGAUAAACCUUGUCCACAAUUUACAGUAGUGAACAAAACCGCGUUUUACGAAAAGAGAGAAUAUGAGCCUGAAAGAUGGAUUGCAUAUGAUGUAUUAAGUCGAAAUCUUACUUUUGAAACUAAGAAGCAGUUGUUUGUGCCAAUCCAUGAAUAUUCUCGUGGGAGAAGGAUUCCCUUUUCUUAUCCACUUUUACUGAAAGGUCAGAAUACUAAGGUGGAGUAUGCCCUGAAGACGUAUACAAUGAUGAUGUACGUACCUAAGUCUUACAAAACAAAACUCCAGAAUAGAUUGAAUGUCUACGUAACUGAAAAACCAAAAUUUACAGCGUAUGUGCGGUCAUUUGCUGGGAAUCAUAAUUCGAACCAGAGAUGGGAAUAUGAAGCCAAUGAAUUGAAAAAUGCGUUGCUUGAAAACAAACUUGAUUUUAAAAAUGAAUCAUAUUACUCAGCUAUAUAUGAAGUACCUUGGUACACUUGGUCCCUGCACAACGAAAUUUGGUUUAUUGCCAAAUAAAUGAAAUUGCGUAAUGAAAUGCGACUUCCUUGAAUACAGUGAAGUUAUCUAUGAGAACAUGUUACAUAUGGCUUUAAUAAAAUAUGUAAAUGCAUUCUACAAUUAUUUUUUACACGUUCUUAAACUGUCUAAUAAAUUGAGAAUAUUACACGUAACUUGACUUCUAUUAACUAUGAAAUGUCACCUAAUGGGGGAGCCUUAUUGUAGACGUCAGUUUAAAAAAACCUGGUAGAACUGUCUAUCAUUGUUGUGUGUCAGUUUAUUUCAUUUAACAUGUCAAGCUCUCUCAACCAGAUCAAGUUAUUCUUUACUGCCGUCAUAAUCUUACAAUUUAUGAAAAUAAGUUAAACAUAUUAUGUGCAUGUAUUAGACAUUGCAUGAAAAUCAUAUGUAAUAAGUAAAUUACAUAAAAAUGAAAACGAUGAAUCUACAUUGAAAGUAAAAUGAAGAAACACGGAUAAGAAAAGAACAACGUUUUAAUUUCUCACACGACCUAUCAAAGAGCAAGGGAAGUAAAUCUGUCCAUAGUUUGUUUCUGUACACAGUGAAACCCCUCAAAACCGGUCUCAGGGAAAUUUGUCUGUUUUAGAGUGGUUGUCAGUUUAUUGUGCAAUAGGCUACUCAAAAUGAGUUAUAUCAUUGGUCAUGUGAUAUCAAAAAAGCAAGUAAAUGUCAAUGGACUUGUGUUCAAUCAUAAAACGUCUUCUUCAAAGACCAGUUUCUGAGUCAGAGAUAAAAACGCUGUUUCAGGGCUAUUACUAAAUAUUGCAUUAACAUUAUACUUAUUAUUGCAUUUUUAAAAUAGUAAGCUAAAUAAACCAAUAUAAAAGAUG